AUGGUGCCUCGGCGCGGCAUACGAUACGGCUGGUCCACGGCACCGCCGCGAUCCAAGCACCGACGCUUCAACCAGCCCAACUCGGGCCUGCCCGCCCUCACGACCGGCCCGGCAGCCGCGCUGAAGCGGCGGGAGAAGACGACGCCCCUGCGGGCCGGCGUGCUCGCCACCAAGGUGGGCAUGACGAGCACCUUCCAGGGCAAGACGCGCGUGGCCUGCACGGUCCUGCAGCUCGACCAGGUGCAGGUGGUGGCCAACAAGACGAGGGCGCGGCACGGCUACUGGGCGGUGCAGGUCGGCGCCGGGUCCCGGCCGGCCAGGAACGUGACGAGCCCCCUGCUGGGGUACUACGAGGCCAAGGGCGUGGCGCCCAAGCGGGAGCUGGCCGAGUUUGCGGUCCGCGGGCCGGAGGGCCUGCUGCCCGUCGGCGCGCAGCUGCUGCCGGACUGGUUCCAGGUCGGCCAGUACGUCGACGUGCGCGCCCGCUCGCGCGGCAUGGGCUUCGCGGGCGGCAUGAAGCGCCACGGCUUCGCGGGCCAGGAGGCCUCGCACGGCAACUCCAAGAACCACCGCACCAUUGGCACCACGGGGCCCUCGCAGGGCGGCGGCAGCCGCGUCCUGCCGGGCAAGAAGAUGCCCGGCCGCAUGGGCAACGACUGGGUCACGGUGCAGAACCUCAAGGUCGUCCGGGCCGACGCCGAGCUGGGCGUCGUCCUGGUCAGCGGCGCCGUGCCCGGGCCCAAGGGCCGCACGGUCAAGCUGCAGGACGCCAAGAAGCGCAAGCCGCCCGCGCUGCCGCACCGGGAGAAGGCGCUGAGGGAGCUGAACGAGAGGCAUCCCGACGCGGACGCGCAGCUGCAGGCGGCGCGAGAAGCGCACCUGGAAAUGAAGGAGCGGCGACGAUCCAAGCCGGCCGCGUGGUGA